CAAAACAAAAGCAAAUACAUUUUGCAUGAACGAACGUCAACAUACAUUAUUGCUUUGCUAGCGUUUUCCGAGUCGCUUUUCUGCUUAACUGGACUUAUCUAGCGGGACCAUAUUGUGCAAAGCUGUUCUUGGUUCCGCGUCAUCACUUAGCAUAGACGAAAAAUCGAUUUUCAUCUGCUGUACUGUGCGCAAAAGUGCAAUAUUAGUGCAAAGAUCGGCUCCAGUCGUACGGAAAAUGCAAUUAUAAUGUGAAUAUAUAUUUGCUAUGAUAGAAUCAUAAAUUGUCGAGCAUCGACAGAACUCGUCUGCCGGAGGGAAAAGUUUCGUUUUGGACGCAGGAAAAUUAGAUAAAAAUGGAUGAUAAGAAGCCAAUCCUACACAUUUUAGUCGUAGGAUUCCAUCAUAAAAAAGGAUGUCAGGUGGAAUUCUCAUACCCACCGUUGAUAGCGGGCUCGGAGGGGAAACAAGAGUGUCCUUCCGGAUGGAAAUAUCUCCCCACGUUGGCCAUUCCCGAUGGUUCGCACAAUUUCAACAAAGAUUUUGUCUGCUUCAAUCUACCCAGUCUGACCGAUCCGCACGAAUCGAUCUACGGUAUAAGCUGCUAUCGACAAAUACCGGUUGAGGAGCUGAAAAUUCGGACUGCCGACGUCACUAGAAGUACGGUGCAGAAAUCGGUCUGCGCACUGCUUUCGAUUCCCAUCUACGGUUAUGUUGAAGUGAAGCUGUCUUUGAUCGCUCAGGCAUUCUUCGAGCAAGGAGACUUCUCCUGCACCGAUAUCCUUGUGAAGGCUCACGAACAGCUGAACGCUUGUCUUCAUUCGAUGGACCACGCGGAGUUGACUCCGGCUAGGUUACAUUACGUUGGAUUACCACUGCGAGAGUUAAUUCUGAAAUGGCGCCACAAACUGCUCAUCCUGUAUAAAUUGCUACUCCUGCAGAAACGUAUAAUUUGCUUUGGCUCACCAGUCCAGCCAAUUUGCGCACUGAUUUUGGGAAUCGUCUCACUGCAUCCAGAGUUGCUUUCGGAAGGCUUUCAAGAAGUAGCAUGUGUUAAAACAUCUCGACCGUUGUCUCCAAUGCCUAACUUUGGUACGCCCCAGGAGGAGAAAGUUUGUCUCCCCUCGGAACCAAACUCACCGGUCAAGGAAAACACACCGACACAGGAAACGUUGGCUGCAACGGAGCACCAAUCUGUCGAGGAUCACCAUGACAGCACGCAACAAGCCCAAUCAGCGAAAGAAAAUGACACAAUUAGCACAGAUAGCGCCAAAGAAGCCGGUAAUAGCCUGGAAGAAAUAGCACUUCCAGCGGAUGAAGCAACAAGCGGCAACGCGCGCCCCACAUUAACCCGUGAAACGAGCGUUGACACGAUCGCAUCCAACUUCUCCAGUCUUUGCGCUGUCAAACCGAGCGAAUGGGGUGCCCCGAUCAGGGUGUUCUAUGAGGGAAACCUUUGCCUGCCGUACAUUUCGUUGCCAUAUAUGGAUCUGUUGACAGAUCCUUCGGUGAAGGGUUACAUCAUUGGAGCUUCCAAUGUGCUAUUUCAGCAGAAGCGCCAAUUAGCGGACGUAAUAGUCGACGUGGAGAAUGCGAUGAUUGAUAUUUACGACAUGGAUCUGAAGCGACAGGCACAACUGAGUACCGAAGAUUUGCGGUUUACCGAUUACAUCAUACGAAACGUACAGAAUCCUAAAGAAGACGCGGAAGGAAGUGAGGUAUGGAUUCGGGAACAGUUCUACGGCUACAUGGUAGCCUUGUUAAAGUCGUCGAUUGCUUCUGACCCCAGCAAGGAGGAGGAACAUUUCAACGUGCAUUUCAUGACUGCGCUCAAAACGACCCAAUGCUACCAAGACUGGUUGGCAAGAGGUAAUGGGGAAGCUGAUCAUACGUUCGAGGGGUUGGUGGUUGGUCAUCCGUUCGCAGGCACGCUGUCCGUCGCUGAUAUGAAAUUACGGAUUGCACAAACUAUGCAGAAUAGCGAAAGUGGUCGCAAGUUGAACCAUGCGGUCAACAGUACUAGUCGAGCUGUGGGCGGCGCUAUAAGCACCGCCAAAGGCGCAUUUUCCACCUGGUGGACCUCUAUUACGGCGCCGGUUGUGGCAAGCCAGCCCCAAUCCGAAUCCGCACAAGCGAACGAUGUUCUAAGUAAUAAUAACAACAGCAGCAGUGGUCAGGACUCGGAUUUAAGCGACUCGGACGGGUUUGUUGGUCAUGAAGAGUCCGACGACAGUAAUUAUAGUGAUAGUGAUCAAAGUCAAAGUGAUAGUAACAGAAACGUAGUGAAGCCUAGUGAGAUUGUAACGGCCGAGCAUACAAUAGAGAAGAGCAACAAUAUAGUUGAGAUCGGCAAAGAGGCUGAGAUAUUGGACCGACAGCAGCGAAUUUACACUGUUUAACCUAAAUCUUUGGUUCGGGUGGGUAACGACCCGCUGGACUUUGCAAAUAAUUCAGCAUCAUUCCACAGGGAAAAUAACGUAGAACAGAACAGUACUUAUUAAGACCCCAUCCCCAUUUGCCUCAUUACGCAUAUACUGUUUUGUCGUUGUAUGUUUGGUUUCGCAGCAAAAACUCAUCACAGCCUUUGCUGUACUUACGAUAAUAUUUAUAUGCUGUCUAAAACUAAUACAUAUAGCAACUGUUAACGAUAAUAUGUAUUGGGUUAUGCUAAAUUUGUCUCAAAAUCUAUAUAUAAGAGUUUUUUUUUGAUAAACUAGCGUGUGAUAAGAUAUCGGCUAGAACUAGAUAAACACAAUAGCUAUCCACUGUGUAGUUCACCAUACGAGUUGAAAAGGACAAAUAAAGCAUCCAUUGAAAGAAUGAGUA